AUCAGAGCCCAUUCGGGCCCGAGGAAUAAUUGUUAAUUAUUCCUCCGUUGACGUCACUGCGAGCCAUGUACUUAUGAAAAAUUAGUCGAUGUUGGAUAAAAACUAGUGAGAAACGGAGACAUAUUUUGAAAGAAUAAUUGCCCAAUAAAAUAUCUUUUUAUGCGUUAACGACUUCUAUCGCCGGGCACUGUACAUUUUAUGUUCUAAACCGACCAGUGUUUCGUGCUAGUAUUAUUUAUAUUUUAAUGGCCAAUACAGGAACAUUUAUCUAAGUGCGCAAUUGUAAGUAUUGUAACGUACUUUUGUUUAAUAAAUAAAUAAAUAAAUAGGAAAAAAAAUUAUUUAUAUUUACGUUACCUUUCUUUUCAGCCUCAAACCUUCAACAAACUGAACGAGAACAUUGUAGUCUCCACAUCUCUCAAUUUGUCUUGAUUUUACAAUCUUUUUCUGUUUCUUUUUAGUUAAGAAAGGCUUGAGAAAAUUAGCUUCCACCCAGGCGUCGCCAGACACGUAUAAAGUUGUGGACGCACUCGUCGAUGCUCUGACAUCACAAAGACCGCAAACCCGUUAUGCUGUUGGCCCUAAUGCAAAACUGUUCAACUUUAUUUCGUUUUUACCUACUUCUAUAGCUGACCGUGUUUUGUCGCACUGAGUAUAGCCAAACAAAGGCAUUUAUAAGGUAAUUUAUUCUAUUUGGAUUUGAUGCAAAAGUGUUAAAGUUUACUGAUUUCGUUUUAACCAACUUCUAUAGCUGACCUUGUUUUGCCGUACUGAGUACAGUCAAACUAAGGCAUUUAUUAAGUUUAUUUCUUCUAAUUCCUGUCGGCUGUUAAUGCAAGGUUACUUUGGGGCAACAGGCUGGAGAAAAAGUCUGAAAAAUCUACAUAAAAGGUAGUCUGCCAACUGUCGGUAAACUGUCGGCCAACUGUCGAACUGUCGGUCAAGUGCUGGCCGACAGUUUUUCGGGGGAGCUGUUCUUCUCUUUUCCCCCCUAUCUUACCUGAGGCAGAUUUUAUUUCAAGCUUACGCAGACAAUAUUAACUCUGAGUCAAAAUGUUUUAUUCUCAGGCAAAGACCUGAGUCUGCGAAAAGGAUC